AUGGCCGUUCGAUACACCGUAGAGCAUUUGCUCUUCCUGAGAGACUCGCCGCUAUGUACGAAACCUGAGAAGCUUCCUCCAGCAGAGGAAUGGAUGGGAACAAAACUACCAACGAUCGGCCUCGGCCUUCUGAUAAUCCACUCCUCGACCAGAACAAUCGCCGCACUGGCAUCGGCCAUGCCUCGCGGAAUAGUACAAGUUGACCCCGAGGAUAUUGUCUUUGCCCCUCCUCGGAUGGCAUUUGCUUCCUCUGGCCGAAGCAGCAAGACGCUAGAAAGCGACAAAGCGACCAAAGACAUCGAUCCAGUAGGCCGUUUUGGCUUGCGCAAUCGAACCAGCGAAGCAGACGGAGACCGUCUGGCAGACCGUCUGCGCGCACCUAAUGCCCUUCGACGCCGCGGAGAGAACGAUUUAGAUGGCGAGGGGUGGAGCACUGUUAAACCCCGCAAGAGUUUUGGAGCUGAGGGUGCUGAGCGCUUCCAUGGCCGCAUGGGUGGCAAUUUUCGAGACGAGAAGAAGCCAGUGCGGGAGAACGACCGUGAUGCCACGCGCGAUCGUUUGACGAGAACGUCUGACACUUUGGCCAGAGACAAAGAUGCCGAGAAUGACAAUCGCACGCGCAUUAGCGCUGGCAGAAGCAAAAUCGAGUCUUGGCACAAGACCGAGCUAGUGGCGGCAGACACUCCGGCGACUGAUCGAAAAGAGCGAGAUCGGACAAAGAGCUGGAGAGACCGAGACACUUCUGAAACGAUAGAUGAUCGUGCAAACGGACGAGGGGCAGCACCCGACCGGCGUUGGAACCGCGAUCGCGAGCAGCGUGUAGAACGUGACCCCGAGUGGUUUGAUGAGCCCGCCGAAGCACUCCGUGAAGCACACACACAGCAAGAUUUCCAGAAAUGGAUGGAGCAGAUGAAGAAGGGCAGAGGAGGCGGAGACGCUCCACCAGCAUCAGCUCCUGUUCCUGAACAGGCUGCAGAGCCCGAGAGGCCUCAUCUUCCCCAUCAGCCCAUGUCAGCUAUCGAGAGUGGCCCUGACAAGUUUUUCCUUGCUUUCGGCCGCCAGAGCUCUCUUGAGCCUAAUUCCCCGCCUAGUGAAGCAAAUGAAGCACCUGCUAAGCCCAAGGCUGCAGGCAAGUCGUCGAGAUUUACAUCCUUCUUCCACCAGCCCCAAGAAGAACAGCGGAGUAGGGUAGAACAGUCGACGAGUGUACCGCCUCAGGCCACCCAGUAUCCCCCUGGCUUUGGCCCCAUCCCCAUGCAAGCAGCUCCUCCUGAAGAAGAGAAGCAAGCUUUCCAGCAGCUACUUCUUAAGCUCCAGAAGCAGAGCAUGAGUGCUACUCCUCCGGCCCCCUCGCCUUUUGCUCCGCCGCCUAUGGGAAAUCACCCUGAUAUGGGAAAGAAGAGUAAUUUGGCAUCCCCAGAGCCAUUCCAACAAUAUGGCGGAGAGAGAGCUAACGGCAUGGCUCGUCCGCCGCCACAACAUGUGCAAGAAAUUCUUGCCCCUCGGCCUCAGCAGCAAUCUGCUCGGCCAGACCAGCUUCUCCAAGAUCUUGUGGGCCACCACCAACGCCUCUCUAGUCAAAGCUCAGGAAUCCCUGAUCAGGCUCGCAACAACAACAACACUGAGUUCUUAAUGAAUCUCAUGAGAAUGGGACCCGGUGUUCCUCCUUUAAGCAUGCCCCAGUCCCAGCCUCAGCCGCAGAAGCAGCAAGCACCAAUGCUGGAAUCAGACUUUUCACCAAGAGAGAAUCGGGGACCACAGCGCCAGAUGCGCCCCCAGCCGCCCCCAGGGUUCCCUCUCGACGAAUCUUUCCACAAUGUCGAACGUGAGCCGCGUCUCGGCCAGCCCACACAGAUUUUGCAACGACCUCCUCCUCCCAUGGAUCAAAUGCCACCAAACUGGAUGGCAACCGGUGGUCAGAUGCCACCACCCCAGCAGCGUGGCCCUAUGAUGCCUCCUCCUGGAUUACCUGGAGGUUUGAGCCGCAACGUUCCCAUGCCGCACAUGUUCCCGCCCAACUUUCCCCCUGGUGGAAUGCCACCACCUCCAGAGGCCUUGGCUGGUAUGCCUCCGCGUAACAUGCCUCCGCCUCCGCCUGGCUUCUUUAAUGGACCCCCUCACGGAUUCAUGCCUCCUGGACUUGGCGGUUUCAAUGGACCUCCAGGACCCCCCGAAGCAUUCGGUGGAUCGCCCUUUGAGGCCCGUGGAAUGCCUCCUGGCGCCGCUGGCCGAGGGGCUGCUUUUGGCCGACCCUAGUAUGACGAGGCUUCAAGCAUUUACGGUCCAAUGAUUUGAUCGGAUCAUCUGUCAAAAGCACAAAAUUGGCUUUCCGUGUCGAAACUUUUGUAGUCAUUUUCAAACACAUAUUUCUUUUUUUUUUAUCAUGCUUAGUAUGACUUUUGGAAGUUACAAAGGCUCGAAGUCAAAAGAUCCAAUAGGGGAUAAUGGAUCUCGAUGACUGCUCUUUUUUUCUCUUUUUUCAAAGCCUUUGUCAUAUGAUUUUUUUUUGUCCUGGGAAUUGCUUUAUGGGGGAAGUAGUCUCGGACACGAGGAAAAAAAGACUCUAAAGUGCACGGUUUGCUAGUUACGUAUAGGAGGGAAAGGGGUAAAGGGGGAGAUGUAAUGCUGAUAGUAGGAAUGGAAAACGAAAAAGAUGUUGCAAAUGGCUCUUUGUAAAUGUUGUGAUGUGGUAUGAUGUG